GCUAAAAGUCGCUCGACGGUGAAUAAUGCCUCUCCGAACUUUUUCCUUUUCGACUUGCUGCCCUUUUAUAGACUGCACUUCUUUCCCCUUUUUGUUUACAUUUCUCUUCUAGUUCGUUAACCUUAGUGUUCUUUCAUUUCUGUUCCCGCUGUCAUUUUCUUUCUCAUCUGCUGGGCUUUGUUGGGCUGAGCGCUACUACUGUCUCUCUCUCUUGGUCUGGUCUGUUCGUUGCUCCGCCAGUUGGUUCACUCAGCCUCGUAACAUCACAGUAUACCAGGCUAAGUCAGGACUUUGGCCCCCAUACUGCCUCCCCUUUUUAAAAACUCAAUCCUUCUGGAAAGGAUUCUAUUUCUCAAUUCUCAGACUACUUAAUACGUUCUUUGUUUUCGAAUUGUUUUGUUCUGAAACUUGUCGGGCCCUAUCCCCUCUUUUUUUUAUAGUCCGCCCGUCGACAUCAUUUCCAGAGUGAGCCACCAUGCAGCUCCUCCAGUCUCUCGUUGUUGCCAUUUGCUUCAGCUACGGCGUCCUCUCUUUACCCCACGGUCCGUCAAAUCAGCAUAAAGCACGUUCCUUCAAGGUUGAACGGGCCCGUCGUGGAACCGGUGCCCUGCGUGGGCCCGCUGCUCUCCGCAAAGCAUACCGGAAGUAUGGAAUAGCUCCCAGCAGUUUCAACGUUGAUCUGGCAGACUUUAAGCCCAUUACCACGAGUCACGCUGCUGCUGGAAGCGAGGUUUCGGAGCCUGAUCAGACUGGCGCUGUCAGUGCUACUUCGGUCGAGAGCGAUGCCGAGUUCGUUUCGCCUGUUCUCAUCGGCGGCCAGAAGGUCGUCAUGACCUUUGACACUGGUUCUUCUGACUUUUGGGUGCUUGAUACGAACCUCAAUGAAACCUUGACGGGACACACAGAGUACAACCCUUCAAAUUCCUCGACCUUCAAGAAGAUGGACGGAUACACCUUCGAUGUCUCGUAUGGUGACGACUCUUACGCCUCUGGCCCUGUCGGAACGGAUACCGUCAACAUUGGCGGCGCCGUUGUUGACGAGCAAGCCUUCGGUGUCCCCAACAAGGUGUCCCAGUCAUUCAUCGACGACACGAACUCCAACGGCCUGGUCGGGUUGGGCUUUUCCUCCAUCAACACUAUCAAGCCGGAGGCGCAAAAGACGUUCUUCGCCAAUGUCGCAUCCAGUCUGGACGAGCCCGUCAUGACCGCCUCGCUCAAGUCCGACGGAGUGGGCGAGUACGAGUUUGGCACGAUCGACAAGAACAAGUACCAGGGCAACAUUGCCAACGUCAGCGUGGACUCAUCGAACGGAUACUGGCAGUUCUCCACCCCUAAGUUUUCCGUGGCAGACGGAGAGCUGAAGGACAUUGGAAGCGUGAACACCUCGAUCGCGGACACCGGUACCUCCCUUAUGCUGUUGGACGACGACGUGGUUACUGCCUACUACGCGCAAGUUCCCAACUCGGUCUACGUGGGCAGUGCCGGUGGUUACAUCUACCCCUGCAACACCACUCUCCCCAGCUUCUCCCUGGUUCUCGGCGAGUCGAGCCUGGCCACGAUCCCCGGCAACCUGAUCAACUUCUCCAAGGUUGGCACCAACACCACCACCGGACAGGCCUUGUGCUUUGGCGGCAUUCAAUCCAACGGCAAGACUUCGUUGCAGAUUCUGGGCGACACGUUCCUGAAGGCCUUCUUUGUCGUCUUUGACAUGCGUGGACCCUCUCUUGGUGUUGCCUCCCCCAAGAACUAGUUUCCCUUUGUGGACUUCCCCCGCGUGUAAUAAUAUCGGUUGAGAUCUGGACUGUAUCCUACGUGGGCAGAUGGAUGGACAGUUACUCACGUGCAUUGCUUUGCCUUGGGUCUGCGAGUCAAGGCGGGGGUCGCGUGGCUGUAGUUACAAUUCAUGUUACAUAUUGAAGCAAGAUUAAUAUGCCAUAUCGGCAAGAGAAAAUAGAGCCAUUGCUGAAA